AUGAAUUUUGAUCAAGUGGACAUCAACAAGACUGCAAAAGUGCCACUAUCAAGUGGCUUUGGUCCGAUUGAUUGUGAGGGAGGCAAAGUCUUUGGAUUUAAAGUGCACGAAUUUCACUUGGCAGCAUCCAAAGGCACGCCUUACCGCCCAAUGCCAAUUACUGUUAGCACCAGUGAGAUCUUCAAAGCGGUUACCCUACAGAAAACCUUACCGCUGCGGUUGGCCUCGGGAUAUAAGCGUCUGUCAUUACUUCCUCGAACUCCCAAAGACUCCAGCAAAAUAAUGACUCUGUGCGACAAGAGUUUGACCAACACCACCGCAACUCAAGCGAGGCAUGCCGGUACCAUCAAAGGAGAACGCAGGGAGGAUUGGACCGAUGUGGAAUCACGGACCUCUUCAGUUCAUCCAGAGACCUACGCGGAUAACAGGAAGACCCGGACAACAGACAGCAUUCGGAUCAGCUGCAGCUUGAGAAUAGAAUUUAGGAAGAAAGAGGAAUAA